GUCACAUCAAGCUUCACCUCAAAAACUCCAGGAGUCGUGAAGCCUAGUUAUCUAUUCAUCCUACUUGUAAGCUGCCGCCGUUAGAGAAGGUACAUCUGCGGGCAUCAUGCCGGUGAUUACAAUUGUCGUGGACGCAAUAUUGUUCGAUAUGGAUGGGACGCUUGUUGACUCGACUAAGGGGGUCGUUGGAGCGUGGCAUCACUUCAAAGGAAAAUAUCCGUCUAUGAAUGUCGAGGAGAUCCUUAAUACUUCUCAUGGUGUGCGCACCGUCGACAACUUGCGCAUACAUUGUGGAAUUGAGGACCCUGAAGAACUCGAGCGGGAGGCCGAGCGGUUUGAACAGGCCAUCAUCAAAUGUUCAGGCGACGAUGGACAGGGUAUCGUUCUUUUACCCGGUGUGGAAGCCAUCAUGAAGGAGCUACUCCCGCGGAGUAAGCUUCCUCAUCCGCGGUGGGCCAUAUGCACGUCGGCGACCCGUGGUUAUGCGUCGGCAGCCCUUCGCAUGGCUGGCGUUCCUGUUCCGGAUGUCCUGGUUGCUGCGGAGGACGUGGAAAAAGGUAAACCUGAGCCCGAUCCCUACCUCCUAGGAGCUAGGAAGUGCAGUGUGAACACGGGAAAUUGCUUAGUGGUCGAGGAUGCACCAGCGGGCGUCCGUAGUGGGCAAGCAGCUGGUUGCAAGACGCUCGGCGUCACCACAUCUCACUCACGAGCACAAAUGGAGGCUUGCUCUCCAACGUACCUUGUUGAAAAUCUUGCGAGUGUCCGAAUGAGACUCACUACCAAUGGAGUCGAAGUCACUAUGGAGGUCGUUUGAUUUGCUCGCCUAUCGCCAGGCGCAAGCUUUUUGCACCGGGUUAACGGUCAACUACGAAUAUUGACGGUGUCCCUCUCUUUCCGGCCUCACGCGGACGUUUGGCAUAGAUGAACAGCAUAGAUCAAUCACAAUCCACCCUCUGUUGUUUCGCAUUGUAACUAGCCUCACAAAUUAACACUUCGGGAUUCGUUCGCUGCGGAAAGACGCAUAUGUUUACAGUACUUUGCAUAGACAUUUUUAUGCAAGUAUAUUCUCCGCGUCCGCCCAGAGGUCGCGCUGAGCCCAUACCCCCGCUAUAGCGGCGAUGAUCAUCCAACACGAGUUCUCGCUCAUGUAUUGGUUGGCCCUGGUCCUGUGCCUAGCCUUGACGCCUUCACUGGCAGCACCGGGGGUCGCAGCAGCCUGCAGGUGCGCGACAAGAGGGGAAGGGGCAGACGACACAGCAGCGGAAGUCAUGGACAACUGUGUGGCAAAUUCCGGAGUGUCCGAAUGAGCGGUAGCUUCUUUCCUCCGUUCUUUCACCAGCCGCAUGCAUGCCCUUGCAAGGUUGCGCAUGUGACUCAUUUCGUCGGCCGAGCAGUGAUCCUCUAUUCUUGAUAGCAGGGCGAACAUCCAGCGGGCGUGUGAUUCAGUGAAGCGAUGGUUUGCGCGACUCGUACCAAGUGAGACACCCGCUUGCUUUCGCGAAGAUUCCAGUUCGGCCAGAUGCAGGUUCAGCCAGUAGGCAAAGUACAUGACAACAUGUAUCGCGUAUCGGUGAUCGAUAGCGCGCAUGAGACGCGGAGUAGGCUCCGGUACUUUAGGAAACAAGAAAUCAGAUGGUUGCGGCAACAUCUGCUGGGAUCGAUGGAAUGCUACGUUCUCGGCACCGUCAUCAACGUUUGAUGACGGAUUUGUUGUAGCUCCAGUAUUUGGCCCCUUAUACAGUGAUAGAGGCUCGAAUGAUGUCAACCCGGUAUCCAGAGCAUUAUCAUGCUCUUGGGAGGAAUCAGUUGCAGAUGCUGCCGAAGCCAGGUUAUCAGGCGAGUUCCGCUGCGCAUCGAUGUAGUUGUGUGAGUCACUUGGGAUGGGUGCAUGCAGGGUUUCGCGAGAGCGGUUCGUCUUCGCUUUUUUGAAUGCAAGCCAUUCAGAUUCGGGUUUUCCCUGUAAGAAUGCCCACCAUCGGUCGCGAUCGCGCAUGUCGGGUAGACAGACUCGGCUCCUAUCAGACGCAGUCUUCAAUGUUGGUUUUGAUGUUCCGAUGAGCGGACUUGAGGGUUGAACCGCAUUCUGAGCCGCGCGUUACUGCAGGGCUCGUCAUAUGGUGCUGGGACUCAUACCCGUCUGAGGUUUCUGAACCUAGCCACAAACAAGGUCCGCCACUCUUCAGAAGGAAGGGAAGACGACGUUUUGGGGGCUUCUGCAUUGUGUUCGGCCUGAGGAGGAGCAACAACCGGGUGGUCGUACGGGUUCACCGCCCGCGUGACAUGUGGGAGUCGGCGAUGUUCCCGUACGGAGGUUGUGAUGAGAAUGGAGAGAGAUC